AGCGCGCCGUUCCAUUUCAGAACUAAGCCAAAGCGAAAGAAGGAGAAGGACGAGCGCGGCGGGGAAGCACCGUGGGAAAUGCUGCUCAUCACGCCAGAGAUGAUCUUAUACUUGUGGAUGAGGAUGCCACUUAUUUUAGAAAUGGAAGUGCGGAGUUGAGGACUCCUAUCUCUUCAGCACGGUUGUACUGAUGCUGUUUGUGCUGUCUGCAGGCCGUAAUGAGCGUGGGUCAGACUCUGAAGAAGUGACAGAGACGAGCAUGGAGCACUGUCAGCAGCAGACACCCAACCGCCCCACUCCGCUUGCCCUGCCCACAGGACUUCCACCUGCCCUACCCUAUGGACACUCCUUUUUGCCACCUACAUCAGGGUGUGGGCGUACGCAUGACGCCCUUCACAGGAGACGAAAUGAAACAAGGUCCUCUCUAUGGGUGAUAUGGCUGCGAAAAUAUGUCAUCCUCUGCCUUGUGUGUGGAGGAUCGGCGGUCUUCGUGGGAGUUCUCUUCAUAGCCAUCUACUUUACUCUACGCUCCUACACUUCUUCUCUACAGUUUUUCGAGACUAUCCCAACAUACGUUCCAGCUGCAGUGCUAAUUGCAACCGGACUUAUGGUGAUGUGCUUUGCCAAACGUAGGAACAGAUACACAUACCUGGUGAAAUUUGCUGGGGGCUGCUGUCUCACAUGUGUAUUGCUGUGUGUUGUGAUCACAGUAACCACCACAGUGGUGCACAUGAAUCGGCUUCAGACCCUGCACAAGUGCGAUUACUCAUCUAAGGACAAAGCUUGCAUGUGUCUUUCUGCCAUUGGAGAUGCAGCAGCUCAAGAGGGGGAGCACCAACUUGUGUUCAACAACACACCCAAUUGCGACGUAGUGCACGGAAGUCUGUAUGGAUGUUUGCGAGCUCUGUUUGGCCUAUCGGUGGUCGGCAUCCUUGUCUGUAUCUUCUCCUCAAUGCUGAUCUACCAGUUGCUCAGCCAUGAACGCAAAAAGCUCUACCUGGAACAAUUGGAGCUACGUCGCCGUCUGCUUUAUCGUCGCCAUCCCAGUCAUGCAUUUUGUGCAUGCUACGAUGACAUGUGCCAUUCUUCCUGGCCUCUCUGGGACGUUGUCGACUGUCAUUUCUUAGCCUCACCUCAGCUUACUCGUUCGCAUGGCCUCGAAGAAAGCCGUCCUCGUGGCCGUGCACGUGCCUCCCAAAGGAGGGGGUGGCUCCCAUGGGGAAGGUCUCGAAGACCUCGGGCACCACAUGACACCAGAAGAACUGUUGUGGACAGGCUCUUAGUUCGGGAUGGGUGGCAUAAUUCAACAGGUAGCCACACUCCAUCGCCACUUGAUGCCCCAGCCAGUCCUUGGCGCCCACCACGUGGAGACAGCAGAGGAGUGCAUCGCCGGACUCGCUCCAACGAUGGAGUCUUCCACCAUCUUCAAAUGCACCCUCCACGACUGUCCUUUCCAGAUGCACCAUAUACGGACCUUCCUGGAUAUCUUUGGGGUCCGCCACCACCAUACUCUCAGCCUCCUUCACUUGAGGACGUCACUCGAGUAGGAGUGGAGAGGGAGCUCGAAGUGAGGCAUGCUGAUGAACAGGCGACACUGGAUGACAUGGAGAACUCGCCAAGGUCAUCCAAGAUGAGCACGCCCGUUCCUGAGAGACACAUGGUGCUCACAAUGGGUGGUGAGUACGCAGGGACCUGCACACAGGAGGUACACGAUGGAAGCAAACGGGAACGAGCACCAUGCAUCGUGGAAGUCCCAUGCUUCUUGCACAAGGGCAGUCUUCUAUUUAACACCUUGCCAGCACGAAGCUGUAGGAAAGGCCAGCCUAGUCCCUUCAAAUCUCUCUCCAAUAUCCCCCUGUGCAUUUCACGAAGGUUAAGCCUCUUGAGGCACGAAAAUCUUCGUAAUGGUGGAGGCUUUUCCUUUCUUCGUUACGAGGCCAAAAGAGAGGAUAGUACUGUCCUUCCUGGAACAUAUGGGGUCAUUUGUGAAAGGGCACUCCCUGUAAAGCAAGGUUCUGUGGAAGAGAGCAGUAACAACAUGUCCGUGCCAACUGAAACAACUCCCACAAUUAUCACCCUCCCCUCGGAGACGACACCAGUAAUCGGUGCAGUCAUAAAGAUGGUGCAUGCCCGCUCCAUGCCAAACCUCAGUGUGUCCCUCUCAUCUGCGAAAGGUGCCGAACAGGCAUCGCAAAGCUGCACCACAUGUACGUGGUCUUCGCGUGAUUUUGCCAGUGUAGAACACGACGACGCGAGCGAGGAUGGUAGUCCGCUCUCCGACGCAACGUCUGCACCAUCGCUCCCGGACGAGGAAGAGUUUUCCGUUGAUGCGGAACAUUCAGAACAACAAAGUACAGUGUCAUCGUGCAGUCAUACUGCGGUGCCAUCAUCAUCUGUUGUGCCUGCUGAGUAUCAGCGUAAGUAUGUGGUUCUGGCAAGAAGGCAUGCAGAGCAAUCAAAGCCAACCUUUUCUCCACUCCCUUUUGUGACGGAAGGAUGCUGUGCCUGCCCUUCCCAACCAAACUCGGAAGUGAGGUCGAGCUUCACCCUCCGUGCAAGAGGGACCAACCAGGGCUCCUUUUGCCCGAGAACAAAGAGCUUUGGUGAUGGUACAGAUGGAUUUGUAGUGACUUUUCGAAGCAUGAAUGUGUAAUUGAAAAUAUGGAACUUGCUAAGCAAGGUUAAUUUUGUCUGUAGCGGGUAGAGGCUUUUUUCACCAAAAAGCUCGCGUAUGAAUAUAUCAAUGUGCCAGAAGCAUGCCUAAGAAAAAUGUCCAAAUUUUAUUGGACAUGCAAAGGCAUUGACAGGGGUUUCUUCUGUACAUUAUUCCUUUUUAAGGGCCUUUGCUUUUUGCAAGGAGAGGACCUUAUACGACAAAUAGACAGCGGUGAGGGCUGCUGUGGAUCCUAUCAAAAGAACUUGUCUGUGCUCCUGCAAAUAAAUAAAAAUGGAAAAUGCUAAGUACA